AUGGGUUCGCAGGGGGCUGGGGAGGAGCUGCCGUAUACCGGCAGCAGAAUUUCUUUAAUUACUACUUCGGAUAUUCGGUAUGAAGGUAUCCUCGACUCCAUCAACACGGUGGCCUCAACGGUUUCCCUUCGCUUUGUGCAAUCCUUUGGCACAGAAGAUCGUCCUGUGCCUAUUCCCGUUCCUCCCUCACCAGAAAUAUACAACUCCGUUGUUUUCUAUGGGAAGCACAUAAAAGAUCUGACGGUCUGCAGCGAGCCUGAAGUGCCAGCAGCACCCGCGCCACCCUACCCACAAGACCCUGCCAUCAUAAGUAUGGACAUGGGGGGCCCCUCGGGGGCCCCUCAACGUCCUGGCGCACCUUCCUCCCUCCUUCGUCCUGGUGUUGGGUCUCCAGCCUCGCAUGUGACUGGUGGGCCUAGCGGGGACCCCUCUUCUAUGUUUGGUGCCCUUGGGGGAGCCCCCAAUGCGCCUAACGAGAUGGCAGAUUCUUGCUGCGCCCCCGGUGCCUCGUUCCCUGGUAGAGGAGGCCCUACUCCUCAGCAGCAGACAGUGGAGGAUUUGGGUUCUGUAGGAGCAACCGGGGGCCCCCCCCAACAACACGACGGAGUCCGUCCUCCAAGCAACUCUCGGGGUAGAGGUGGAGCAAAGAGCGGAGGAGGCCCUGGUGGAGGCAGACAAGGUGGAGGAAGAGGAAGGGGCCCCAGGCCUGAUGGAAGAGAUGGAGAAAGAGGAGGAAGAACAGAAGGAAGAGGAGGGGGGUACAAGGAGGCCCUCCAUGAGCCCGUUGGCGAAUUGGCUAGUAAACCAAAUAUGCAACUUAAGAAUGAAGUUGCGGAGGAAUUCGAUUUCGAUGCAAUGAAUAGCAAAUUCGAGAAACCAGCAACGAUGGGGGAGGGGAAAGAAUUUGCGGAGCCAGUAGUAGCAUAUGAUAAGAAUCUUUCCUUUUUUGAUUCAAUUUCUUGUGAGGCAUUGGAUAAGAGGGGUGGUGGUGCUGGUGGUGGUGGUGGUCAGGAUCAGCAGCAGCAGCAGCAGAACGAAGGGAAGGGACCAGAAGAUGGCAGAGGACGCCGUCUAGGGGGAAGACAAAAUAGGGCAUUAGAUAUUGAUACAUUUGGUGAGGGGGCUGCAAACUUUACUGUCAGGUAUAUGGGAGGAAGGAGAGGAGGAAGAGGAAAAGGAAGAGGUAAUUUCAAUAGAGGGGGGGGCCCAGGAGGCCCCGGGAGGAGGCCCAGAGGUUAA